GACGGAUUCAAACAACGUACCAUGGAUGCUAGGGAGGAAAACAACGUGAAGGCCGUCAGGGGAAGUAAAGAAGAGAAAAAACUUCUCAGAAAACAAAUUAAAGCCAGUCACACAUUACUGAAGCAUGAAGGCAUCCAUACGGCCCCGCAGCCUACCAGGAGUCUGGUGGUGGCUAAUGGUGGCCUGGGGAACAGCGUUAGUCGAGAGGAGCUCUCGGCAGCGCUGAAAGAGAUGGGAGAAAUGGAGAGCCUGCUUAUGCCUCCCCAUAAGCCCUAUGCUUUUGUCACAUACAGGUGUGAAGAGAGUGCUCUAAAAGCGUACACCCACCUUAAUGGACAGAAGCUGCAGUGCGGAGAGAGCAGCAUCACGCUCUACCUCGCUUAUGUCAACUCAGUGACCCAUGAGGAGGAAGCAUCCGUCCCAUUGCCAGAGGGUUUAGUUUUGCUGGAGGAUUUUGUGUCCCCAGAAGAAGAAGCUCUGCUGCUUGCUGCUGUCGACUGGUCAUCCACUAAUGAUGACGUUACAGCUCAAAAAGCUCUGAAGCACAGACGAGUGAAACAUUAUGGCUUUGAAUUUCGCUACGACAACAACAAUGUGGAUAAGGACAAGCCAUUACCUGCAGGUAUCCCUGCGGAGUGUUUACCUGUUCUGGAGCGUUGUUUAAGAAAUGGACACAUCAACGUGAUGCCAGACCAGCUGACUGUAAAUGAGUAUGAAUCUGGACAGGGUAUUCCUCCUCAUGUGGACACUCACUCUCCCUUUGAGGACACCAUCCUGUCUCUGAGCCUGGGGGCAAAGACGGUGAUGGAGUUCCGACAUCCUGAUGGUCGUGUUGUUGCUGUGGUGCUGCCUGGACGGAGCCUGCUGGUCAUGAAGGGCGAGAGCAGAUAUCUCUGGACUCAUGGGAUUACUCCUCGCAAGUUUGACAUGGUGCCGGCCUGUGAGCAGCAAUCCCCCGAUCAUGUGACGCCUGAACCUGGAACACGUAGCAAUCUGACUCUGAGCAAGAGGGGCACACGCACUUCUUUCACUUUCCGCAAGAUCAGACUUGAACCCUGCCGCUGUGCCUUCACCUCUGCCUGUGACAGUCAGGGAGCUUCUUCAACACCCUCGCCCUCUACGCCCUCCCCUCCCGCGCUUCCAUGUUGCCAUGCCGAUGCAGCCCGUCUGGAGGAGGAGUAUGUGCACCGGGUGUACGACGCUAUCGCCUCCCACUUCAGCAGCACCCGCCACUCCCCCUGGCCUCGCGUUUGCCACUUCCUGUCCUCGCUCCCACCGGGUAGCGUGCUAGCUGACGUGGGCUGUGGAAAUGGGAAAUACCUGGGCGUAAACCCAGAGAUGAUUGCAGUGGGAUGUGAUCGUAGCAGUGCUCUCGUCCAAAUUUGUGCAGAGAGGGGUUUCCACGCAUUUGUAUCUGAUGCUCUGAAUGUUCCUCUGCGAACAGCCUCCUGUGACGCUUGCAUCUCUAUCGCUGUCAUACACCAUUUCUCCACAGAGGAGCGGCGGCUAGCAGCUGUGAGAGAGUUGGUGAGACUUCUAAAGCCUGGAGGUCAUGCACUCAUCUAUGUUUGGGCUUUUGAACAAGAGUACAACAAGCAGAGGUCCAAGUACCUCAAAGACCACAACAAAGAGCAUCAUGGGAAGGAAAACCUCGCUAAAAACACAUCCGAAGACAGACGGGAGCCUCACGGGAAAUCGGCUAUGCAGAAUAGUGGACAUUUGGAAGAAGGCUACGAGCCUGUUGACAAAAAGCAAGAUGUUGGCAAAGUGACUGAUGGCAAGCUUAGUGUGCACACAAACCGCACAGCCUUUAACACCCAGGACCUUUUAGUUCCCUGGCAUCUGAAAGAGGGGAAAAAACAAGGGGAGGAAGAGUCAGGAGAUGGUGGGAAAAGGAAUAAAAGAAAGGAGAAGUCUACAAAGGUUUUAACUAACCAAACCAGAAUUGACAGUAACCCUGGUCUCAGUCCAGGUUUUGAUGCAAGUAUGUCUCCUGGAUUAAGACUCGACACUGAUGACGCCACUCACAGCCCAGACUCUAAGCCCAGUCCGAGUGGCACCACUCAGACCUCGAGUUCUCAUCUGAAAUCAGAGUCUGAGAGCCAUCUAACCCCCGUCUUUCACCGCUAUUAUCACGUGUUCCACCAGGGGGAGCUGGAACAGCUGUGCAGCCAGGUGGAUGGAGUCAAGGUACAGAGCAGCUACCAUGACCAGGGUAACUGGUGUGUUAUAUUAGAGAAGGACUGACACACACGUCAUUAAAAUCAUUUUUAUGCAACUAGAGAUCUGCAUAAAUAAAGAAUUUUAACUUAAAAUUAAAGGAUCCAAUUUUUGCCUUCUACAUAUAUAUAUGAUUUUUAACUGUGUUGGAAUAAAUUAAAAAAAAUCUCUGCUCCUGUUGUGUUUAUUUAUAUCACCAUGUUUUGACCUUGGCUGAGCAAACACACCUUUUCCCUGUUAUGCUGUCAUGGAUCGAACAAUCCCGCUGUGAUAAAUCCCACCAGCUUUACUCAAAAAUAAAUGCAACUAAAUUAAACAUUUCUGGAGUUAUUGUAUCUACUAAGCACACUCUGGCUAGCUCACUGAAACGCCACACUAAAAACAAGCCUAUUCAGACGAGCACAAAGACAAGACUGUACCCCACAAGCGAUAAAACCCUAAUCUCGAAAAAAGUUGGGACGUUGUGUAAAACGGAAAUGAAAACGAUGCCAUGAAAAUGCAUCAUUUUAAGUCAAAUAUUAGCUCAUUUUGAAUUUGAUCACAGCAACAUGUCUCAAAAACAUCAGGGCAGGCCGUGUUUACAGGUGUGUAGCAACCUUGCUUCUUUUAACAUCUGGGAACUAAGGAGACCAGCUGCUGGGCUUUUGGAAGAUGAAUGUUGUCCCAUUCUUGUUGAUAUAUGUUGUAGCUGCUCAACAUUCCUGGGUGGUCUUUGUUAUAUUUUUGUUUCAUGAUGCAUCAAAUGUUUCCAACUGAUGAGAGCUCUGGACUGCAGGCAGGCACAUUCAGCACCAGGAUUCUUCUGAUAAGAUUGACAUGAUGUGAGAUAAUUUAAUGCAUUAUGUAGUUCAGCAUUAUCUUUUGAAAUAUGCAAGACCUUCCCUGAAAAAGACGUCACCGGGGGGGCAGCAUAUGUUGCUCUAAAAGCUGUUUAUACCUUUCAGGACUGAUUGUGUCUUUCCAGAUGUGCAACUGUGCAAUUCCAUAGGUACUAAUGCACCCCUGUACUAUCAGAGAUGCAGGCUAUUGAGCUGAAUGACGUCAUAUUGUUCAUGAAAUAGUAAAAUAUUUGUUUUGCGACACACAUUUUCCCCACAUUUUAAAGUUGUUUUUUUUGUUUGACAUUGUAACUCACUGCUUUGCUUCCUCUCCUGACCUCAGUGUCUGCUCUGAAAUCACUGAGCUGUAGUUCAGUUGUAACCUGUCUGCCUGACCUUUUCAAGGUAAAGGGCUGAGGUGUAACACAGCAGAUCAAGGCUGCGGGUAAUUUGGUCACAUUUAGGAACUGGUCUUUAUUUUUUUUUUGUCCUUUUAAAUAUGACAGAGGUGGCACCUCACUGUCAGGCAUCAUACAGCCACAUGAUUAGUUACACUCUGUAUGCAUACAGUGAUUAAUAACUGUUUAACCCAGGGAUGAACAAUUCCAGGCCUCGAGGGCCGGUGUCCUGCAGGUUUUAUCAUUUCUACAGAGCUCCAGUAGAUUUUCUUUAAAUACAUCAUGUAUUUCACAUGGUUCACUUCUGAAUCCCAAAAUUUUAGAAAAAUCUGGGCGAUUCAUAACAACCUGGAAGGUUGGGCUUAAAAUUAUUAACCAAUUUAAAGACUGGGUGGUGAAUAGAAGAUGGCAAAAAACAAACAAAACAGAAAAAAUCAACUUGGUGCACAAACUCUUGAAAGGGGACCUUAAUGUCACAGAGCACAUGGUGUGCAUUAUUACGUAGGCAUAAAUAAAUAAAAAUGUGACGUGCUUAAUUUCUUUAGAGGCAUGAAGAUAGAGUAAUCUUUGUCCAGAAGUGGAAAUUAUGCUGGUGGCUAAACCACUGUACAAAAACGUCAAAAAUCUUAGAGUGCAUGAGGCUGAAGUGCAGCCAGCCUGACCAGGAAUUACAGUCAGCUUUAUACUGACAUGCUAAAAUUCUCUGAGUGUAUUUGCUGUCUCUAACAACCAUUUGCAGAUCUGUAAUAAUUACUUUUGUAUAAGUUAUUUGCUCGUUUUAAAUUUGUGCACUAUUUAUUUGUCCAUACAACCUGUACACACUUUGUGAUAGAUGUAAGAGGACCCUAGA